AUGCUAUUAACGCCACCAUCGUCCCCCCAACUCACGUCCUGUCUCGCGCCAGAAGACAGAUUGGGUUGUGUGCUAGCCGGCCGAUUGGAACUUGUCUCUAUCCUCGGAAUUGGUGCCUAUGGAGUGGUCUACCAGGCCAUCGACAUCCUGACCAACAUCCCCUUCGCGGUCAAGGCUCUCCCUAAAGCCGGAUUGGACUCCAGGCAGCGGCGUUUCCAGCGGCGAGAGAUUGCUCUCCACCACCAAGCCGGCCAACAUCCCAAUGUGGUCUCCAUGCAUCGCAUCCUGGACAGCCCGGACUGCACCUUUGUCGUGAUCGAGUACUGCCCCGAGGGCGAUCUGUUCUCCAAUAUCACCGAACAAGGCCGAUUCGUGGGCGACGAUCAAUUGGCCAAGCAUGCCUUCUUGCAAAUUUUGGAUGCAGUUCAAUAUUGCCAUUCCGUUGGGAUUUACCACCGGGACCUGAAGCCCGAGAACAUCCUGGUGACUGACCAAGGCCGCACGGUCAAAUUGGCCGAUUUUGGACUUGCCACCACGGACGCCAUCACCUCCGACUUUGGAUGUGGUUCGACCUUCUACAUGUCACCCGAAUGCCAGCAAGCGCCGACCAGGCCGUAUGCUCGAUAUGCUGCCGCCCCCAAUGAUGUCUGGAGUCUGGGUGUCAUCCUGGUCAAUCUCACCUGUGGUCGCAAUCCAUGGAAGAAGGCCUCUCCUGAUGAUUCCACGUUUAGAGCGUUCCUCAGGGAUCCCAAGUUUUUGAGCUCGAUCUUGCCCAUCUCACCCGAGUUGAACUUGAUCCUGAGACGCAUUUUCGAGUGUGACCCGCACAAGAGGAUAAGCCUCCAGGAACUCCGGGAGGUGAUCAUCAAUUGCCCCAGGUUGACCAUGAACUCAUACACCACUCUUCCGCCGUCGCCCCCUCAGACACCGUACGACUAUGUGGAUCCGAUGGAUUGUGCCAACCUGGCUCUCCCACCAUCACCACCGGCUUCCCCAUGUCCCCAACCGGCCUUCCAAUCUCAACCCUCGGAAUGGUCUUUGUUCGAACCUGCCUCGAAGCAGUGUUCGUCUUGUUCUUCUCUUUCCACGGAUUCCGGCUAUGAAUCCGAGGCCUCUUACACGGAUGCUGGUCAACGUCUGCAACCUCCCGUCUUCAACUUCUACGGCAAUGUCAUUCCUUUGAACGAGCAUGACAAGUCGUAUUAUACGCCAUCCACUUUUGUCCCAGCUGUUGCUGCAUUUUAA